AUGUGGCCUUUCUUCAGAAUCUCCUUCUUCCCCCCUUCACAGAUCGCCAAGUUGGUCUCUAAGCGACCUUUCGUUCUUCAAUCCAGAGUGUCCACCAAUCUGAAGCCUAAAUUCGAGUUCCUCCAGGAAAUCGGGUUCGUCGGUCCUUUACUUUCUAAGCUAAUUCUAUCAAACCCUUGGAUUCUUCACAGGAGCAUUGAUGUCUUAGCUAGUGAAGGAGUACCUUCUAGGAAUAUAGCAAAAUUGAUUGUAUUGAAUCCUAGAAGUAUAAUGCGAAAGGUUGAUAGAAUGAUCCAAGUAGUGAAAACGGUUAAAGAAUUGGGCAUUGAACCAAAGGCCUGUAUGUUUGUUUAUGCACUGAAAGUAAGGAGUACAAUGAGUGAAUCAACUUGGAAGAAGAAAAUAGAUGUUUUGAAGAGUUUAGGAUGGUCUGAGAAUGAGAUUUUUACACUAUUUAAGAGACAGCCAAUGUCUUUAGCUCGUUCAGAGGAGGCACUGAGGGAUGUUGCAGAUUUCUGUUUCAACACUAUAAAAUUGGAUCCAGGAACAGUAAUUUCUAAUCCUAGGUUAUUCAUGUAUUCAGUCGACAAGCGGCUCCGGCCAAGGUACAAAGUUCUUGAGCUUUUGAAGCUCAAGAAUCUUCUUAAGAACAAAAAAAUUGCUCCCCUCCUUGUACGAGGAGAGAGUGAAUUUGUGGAGAAUUAUGUUCUUAAGCAUUUGGAUGAAAUACCAAAGCUAAUGGACAUAUAUCGAGGCAAUGUCACAGCCGAAACCAGUUCUGUUCUAUAG